AUGAUCUGUCAAAAUAAGAGUGAUAAUAACAAGUUGUUUGAAAUGGCACAACAACAAUCAUUGCAAUCAAAAGCCAAUCAUUUUCAUCAUUAUCGACCUAUUGCACCUUCACUUACACCACCUAAAAUUUUACCUCGACCUGAGAUAUUUGAUACCGAAAAAAGAAAAUGGGAUAGUGCUUUUGAUGACUUGGAUAAUUAUAACAUUAAAACAGAACAAAGACGACAUAGUGGAAGCUCACAAGGUUCUAAUACUUCAUUAGCAACUGAACAACGCUUAAGACGUAAAGAACAAAAUCGAGCUGCACAAAGAGCAUUUCGUGAACGUAAAGAACGUUAUGUAAAAGAACUUGAAGAGAAAAUUAAGGAAAUGGAAGCAAAAUAUACUGCUCAAAUUGCUCAACUCACAAAGGAAAAUGAAGAAUUAAGGCAAGCAAUGAUAAAAAUAAAGGAAGAACCAUUAUUAAAAGAAAACGAAAAACAAGAAAACUUGACAGAGACAAAAUCAUUAUCAUUAUCAUCACCAUCAUCAUCAUCAUCACCACCACCAUCACAACCUAUUUCUACUCAUUCUUCACCUGUUGUUGAGAAAAAGAUGACACCCGUUAUAUCCAGUUCAGCAGUGGCCUGUAUUCGUGAUAAAAAUGGCGUCUCAUUCUGUGAACGAUUAAAAAAGGAAGUAUGCUCAAAUGCUUAUGAGCAACUCUUGACAGAACCCUUGUUUGAUUCUCAAGGAUAUUUAAAUGAAACUGUCGUUAGUCACCCUGUUCCAAUUGUUACUACGACACCGAAAAGGGAAGAAGCAGAUGUAUUCUCUGAAUUGGAAAAGUCUUUGUCAGAGAUAUUUUCAUCAUCGAGUGCUACUAAUAGGAUGCAGGAUGAUGCUUCCUUAACUGAUUCAACAAAAUUAAUUUCUUGUGCAGAGAUUUGGAAUGCAAUCGCUGAGCAUCCUCAGUUCGAUGAAUUUGAUACGGAUAUUCUUUGCGAUGAGUUAAGAAGGAGAGCGAAAUGUUCAAAGACAGGCCCUGUGUUUGAGGAACAUGAGAUUCAAGAAGUCAUUGAUAUGAUGUUAGAGAUAAUUAAUUUAAACAAAACCAAAGAGAGUAAUAAAAGGAAUAGUAGCAGUUCAGCAUGAUAGAAGUUCUGUAAUUUCUUUCUUUCUUUCUUUUCCCUGUCUUUUUCUUUAUAUUGCCGUCCUAUUAUUAUUUAAACACAACGAUAAUAUCCCGUUUCAUUCCUUAC